UACUAUGGCUGCAGAAAAGACACUUUUGGUUCUGGAAAAUUUCAUAGGUGGGAAGUUUUUACCUUGUAACUCAUAUAUAGAUUCUUAUGACCCAUCUACAGGGGAUGUGUAUUGCAGAGUGCCAAAUAGUGGAAAAGCAGAGAUUGAGGCUGCAGUUGAGGCUGCCAGAGAAGCCUUUCCAGGCUGGUCAGCCCGAAGCCCCCAGGAGCGCACUCAGGUCCUGAUCCGGCUGGCGGAUUUGUUGGAGCAGUCCCUGGAGGAGUUUGCCCAGGCAGAGUCCAAAGACCAAGGGAAAACCCUAACACUGGCGAGAACCAUGGACAUUCCCCGGUCGGUACAGAACUUCCGGUUCUUUGCUUCCUCCAUCCUCCACCACACGUCAGAGUGCACGCAGAUGGACCACGUGGGCUGUCUGCACUACACAGUGCGGACCCCUGUGGGGAUCGCUGGCCUGAUCAGUCCUUGGAAUUUACCACUCUACUUGCUGACCUGGAAGAUAGCUCCAGCAAUUGCCGCUGGGAACACCGUAAUAGCCAAGCCCAGUGAGCUGACUUCCGUGACCGCAUGGAUGUUGUGCAAACUACUGUCUAAAGCAGGGGUUCCACCAGGUGUGGUCAACAUUGUGUUUGGAACCGGGUCCAGAGUAGGCGAGGCCCUGGUGUCCCAUCCUGAAGUACCCCUGAUCUCCUUCACUGGGAGCCAGCCCACAGCUGAGAGGAUCACACAGCUGAGUGCCCCCCACUGCAAGAAGCUGUCCCUGGAGCUGGGGGGUAAGAAUCCUGCCAUUAUCUUUGAGGAUGCAAACCUGGAGGAAUGCAUUCCGGAAACCAUCAGGUCCAGCUUUGCCAACCAGGGUGAAAUCUGCCUCUGUACCAGCAGGAUCUUUGUCCAGAAGAGUAUCUAUAGAGAAUUUUUGAAGAGAUUUGUAGAAGCUACCAGAAAGUGGAAAGUUGGCAUUCCCUCUGAUCCAACAGCCAGCAUGGGAGCACUGAUAAGUAAAGCACAUUUGGAGAAAGUCAGAAGUUACGUCAAGAAAGCUAUUGCUGAAGGGGCCCACAUUCUGUGUGGUGAGGGAGUGGAUAAGUUGAGCCUCCCCCCUAGAAAUCAGGACGGCUACUUUAUGCUUCCCACGGUGAUAACGGACAUUAAGGAUGAGUCCUGCUGCAUGAAGGAAGAGAUAUUUGGCCCGGUGACGUGUGUUGUCCCCUUUGAUAGUGAAGAGGAAGUGAUUAAAAGAGCCAACAGCGUCAAAUAUGGCCUGGCAGCUACUGUGUGGUCCAGCAAUGUGGGGCGCAUCCACCGGGUGGCGAAGAAGCUGCAGGCAGGUUUGGUCUGGACCAACUGCUGGCUCAUCAGAGAGCUGAACCUUCCCUUUGGGGGGAUGAAGAGUUCUGGGAUAGGCAGAGAAGGAGCCAAGGACUCUUACGACUUCUUCACUGAAAUCAAAACCAUCACUGUUAAACACUGAUCCUCGCCAGUGGAGAACGCUGUUAUGGUUAAUGCCCAAGUGAAGAGAAUUAGUUGUCCAAUUGUGGUGAACAGAAAUACUGGCAUACAUCCCAGCCAUGUCUUGACUCAGCAGAAGGUUAUUUCUAGCUUAUCCUCAGUAAUUAGUACUUUUACCUACCAGUGAAGAGAUGCUGCUAUUUUUAGCGUGAGGUCAGUGAAGAGAAGACUUCUGAAUAGGAAAGCACACAAAGGAAGCCA